UGAGCUGGGCCGCUGCCGACGCGGCUGGGAGCCUAGCGGUCCCGCUGCGGUUCGGGCAGAAGUGGCAUCUCUCUGCCGCCCCCUCGGCCCUGGGUCCCGACCCUCCGAGGGUCGCCCUCGACCUUUACCUUCACCCACACCCCCCUCUUCCUCCCCGCGCCAGUGCCCGGGCAUCCGAAUACCUCCACUCCCCGCGCCCCACUCGUUUCUCCCCUCCCGCCGCAAACCCCGCGACCUCCAGCAGUUCGCCCCCGCGGGCCGAUCCUGCCUGGCGGCUCCCGCCGCAGCCCGUGCGCCCUCCCCGCUCUCCCCGGGCUCCCGCCACUACGCCCCCCGGAGCCGGUCCUCGGGCUUCCCUCCCUCCGCCUCCCGCCCCCUCGAAGCCCCCUCCUCUUCCCCGGCCGCCUGGCAUGCAGGUGUCUAUCGCGUGUACAGAGCAGAACCUUCGCAGCCGGAGCAGUGAGGACCGUCUGUGUGGACCCCGGCCGGGCCCCGGGGGCGGUAACGGCGGGCCGGUCGGCGGGGGACAUGGGAACCCACCGGGGGGAGGAGGGUCCGGUCCCAAGACCCGGGCCGCCCUGGUACCCCGACCCCCAGCACCUGCUGGGGCCCUCCGAGAGAGCACCGGCCGAGGCACUGGCAUGAAAUACAGGAACCUAGGAAAGUCUGGUCUUCGGGUAUCCUGUCUUGGCCUGGGUACCUGGGUCACAUUUGGUUCUCAAAUCUCGGAUGAGACAGCAGAAGAUGUGCUGACAGUAGCUUAUGAGCAUGGCGUAAACCUGUUCGACACAGCUGAAGUGUAUGCAGCAGGAAAUGCUGAAAGAACCCUAGGCAACAUCCUAAAAAACAAAGGUUGGAGGAGAUCAAGCUAUGUCAUCACCACCAAGAUUUUUUGGGGAGGACAGGCAGAAACUGAACGAGGCUUGAGCCGCAAACAUAUCAUUGAGGGUUUGCGAGGAUCCCUGGAACGCCUCCAGCUGGGAUAUGUGGACAUCGUCUUUGCAAAUCGCUCAGACCCAAACAGUCCUAUGGAAGAGAUUGUGCGAGCCAUGACCUAUGUCAUCAACCAGGGCCUGGCCCUAUACUGGGGAACAUCCCAAUGGGGAGCUGCAGAAAUCAUGGAGGCCUACUCCAUGGCCAGGCAGUUCAAUCUGAUUCCUCCAGUCUGUGAACAAGCUGAGCACCAUCUGUUUCAGAGAGAGAAGGUGGAGAUGCAGCUGCCAGAGCUCUACCACAAGAUUGGUGUUGGCUCAGUCACCUGGUCCCCUGUGGCUUGUGGCCUGAUCACUAGCAAGUAUGAUGGGCGAACCCCAGAAACCUGCAGGGCCGCCAUGAAGGGCUACCAGUGGCUCAAGGACAAAGUGCAGAGUGAGGACAGCAAGAAGCAGCAAGCCAAAGUCAUGGACCUUCUCCCCAUGGCUCACCGGCUGGGCUGCACUGUAGCCCAGCUUGCUAUUGCCUGGUGUCUCCGCAGUGAUGGUGUCAGCUCAGUCUUGCUCGGAGUGUCGAGCACAGAGCAACUGGUAGAACAUUUGGGCGCCCUACAGGUGCUGAGCCAGUUGACCCCACAGACGGUAAUGGAGAUAGAUGGGCUCCUGGGGAACAAACCGCAUUCCAAGAAAUAGUCCGUCAGGGCGCAGGGAGCCAAACUCAUAGCCGCCGAAGCCCAUGGUAAACCAACAGCCGCUUUCCUGCAACAGCCUCCCUCCCACCGAGCCCGGAUCCUUCCGAAAAGUCCAGAGCCUGGGAGGCCCCGCCCACUAACGAGUCCGGGCUUGGAGUAGCGAUAAGCAUGAACAAAGCCAUAUUCUCCUGCAGUGGGGCUUGAGAGGGAAAGUAGUCCGCAGCCCCUGUUGCGAUCCUCCCAGGCCUUCUUGCUAAUCCAGGGCAUGAGCUACUGGGCCGUCCUCACUUUGCCACUUGAUCGCCCCGAUUCUCUCCUCCCUCAAUCGCUAAGACCCAGGAUUAAAAAAGAUGAUGAAACAUGCUGAGUACCUUAAAAUGUCAUCAGGUUAUAACAGCCCAGUGUUAUCUGGGACAAGGAAAUGGACUUCUCAGUUGUCAAAGCCAGGCUGGUCCUGGCCAGAAGUAAAUAAUAUUUGGAAAACCAGUACCCUGCCUCCCAGCCAGGAAGUUGGAGAAGGGCUUAAAUGUAGGCCUAGAAUUAAUAGUCAAUUAUUUUGCUACUGCUAGAGGAAACUCUGAUGUAGAUAUAUAACAUGACCUGGCAAAGUGGUCCUUGGACAACGAAGUUGAUUAAGCUUUGCAGGACUUAGUAACAGCCAUUGGAUCCUGACAGCGAUAAAGGAGUGGCAUAAAAAGGUCUAGAACGGACUUUUGAGCCUUGAACACAACUUCCUAUCUGGCAGUGGAGGACUGCAUUCUUCCUCCCGGCAAUAAUCUUAAAGCAAUAAUGAUGGGCCCUAUUCUGUAAGACUUCCAAGGGAACUGUAAAUAAAAUCUCAGCUUGAUCCUCA